AUGAAAGACCAUAUACCUCAACAUGACCUUGAAGUAUGCCCCGACAGUCAAGGGGAUGCCAAGGGUCUCGGUCAAGCCUUUGACCUUGAUGAAGCCAUCCUGCGGGCUCAAGGCCGUGAGGCAGAGUUGACACGGUCCUUUUCUUGGGUUGGUGCUCUCGGUUUGGCGUUCAGUAUCGUCAAUUCCUGGUUAACCUACGCUUCCUGCUUUGGCGUAGCGUAUAGCUAUGGGGGAGGCCAGAUUGCUACCUUCAGUCCCCUUCUUUCAGCACUAACACAGUUGGUUAUGCUUCAAGGUGUUGCGGAGCUUGCAUCUGCCUUUCCUUCGUCUGGUGGACAAUAUCACUACACGUAUAUCAUUGCACCUAAGCGAUUCAGGAACUUUGCCGCCUACGUUGUGGGAAUGAUCAACGUCAUUGCUUGGUGGAUUAACACAGCCUCUGGCACUAUAUACACGGCCAUCUCUGCUUUUGGAAUCUGUAGAUUCUUGAUUCCUGGCUUUGUGGGCGCACAGUGGCAGGUUUAUCUAUGCUACCUCCUUGUUAUUCUCCUUACUUUGCUCCCUAUCUUCAUUAUCCCCCAACACCGAGUCGACAUAAUGACCCAGAGCUCCAUGUUUCUAUCCAUUCUGGGAUUCUUUCUGGUCAUGAUUGUCUGCCUCGUUAUGGGCAAGGGAACAUACCGUCCCAGCAGCCUGGUCGAAUACCAGCCUAGAAGCGGCUGGGCCCCUGGGCCAGCAUGGCUUCUCGGAAUAGGGAACGGAGAAUACGCAUUCGUUGCAGCAGGAGCCUGCGUGCAUAUAUCCGAGGAGAUCCCGAAACCGAGUCGUAGGAUUCCACUCGUAAUGUCCGUUCUCCCCAUACUACCUGCUCUCAAUCUAACAAUUCUCAUCGGUGUGCUCACCCUCAUGCCUUGGAUCAUUGCAAUGACAUGCGUUAUACAAGACAUCGACAGUGUGCAGAAUUCUUUCCUCCCCAGUCUGGAGCUCUUCUAUCAAGCCACGAACAGCAAGGCCGCUGCUGCUGUUCUUCAGGUGUAUCUUACUAUUUUGUACUACACGUGUGUCCCCAGCCAAUGGAUCACCAGCAGCCGAAUGACAUGGGCGUUCUCGCGCGACGUGAGUCACCCUCCCUACACCUCAUCCUACUCCCAAAAUAUCACCAUCAACCUAACCACAAAUCCACAUCAACAGAACGGCCUCCCCUUCUCAACGCACUGGUCCAAGGUCGACUCGAAACGAGGUAUCCCAGUUCGAGCAACGCUACUCUCCGCCGGCUUCUGCGCCGUCUACGGCCUCCUCUACAUCGCCAGCACACAAGCAUUCAACUCGAUCAUCAAUACCGCUAUCCUCAUGCUGAAUAUCACGUAUACAGUUCCCCAAGGGAUCCUGGCUUCCGGUGGACGCGAUAGGCUUCCUGCUCGAUAUUAUAAUUUGGGCCGGGUUCCGGGGUACGUAGUUAACUUCUUUUCGGUGGGAUGGUUGGUUGUUAGUGGGGUGUUCUUUUGCUUUCCGACGAUGAGGACGCCAACGAUUGGGGAUAUGAAUUACAAUUCGAUUGUUAUUUGUGGGAUUUUUGCCAUUAUCUUGCUGUGUUGGUUGGAGCGACGGACGAAGUUCUCUGGUCCAACGAUUAACUGGGAGACUCUGAACGCUGCGCAGGCUGUGGAUGGUUGA